CUUCAGUUUCUCUCGUAAGAUGUAUGAUCUCUGGUCUCGGUCUGGAGCUCUGUUUCUGUGCUGCUUAAUGGGUAUCGCUAACGGUAAAGACCCCGGCAGCACGGGUUUGGCAGGCAGUGCUAGUUAUAAUUCAGAAUUUAAAGUGGGAGAGUUAGCGAUGCCCGUUGAGUCUGCGUUUUUUAAAAGUUUAAAUUUAACGGAAAAUGUAUCAUUAACGUUAAACUUCAUAGUUGAUUUGCAAUCGUUUUCAGCUUUUGUUACGUUGAAAGGCAAGUACUACACCCCUUUGGAACUAUCGAAAAGUAAGGAUUUUAAGUAUGACACAAAUAUUCUCCUGAGGGUAAUAAACACUUCUUUAACGGAAAAAAUUCAGCUAAGUGGUGUUUCGACUACCGAUCCGACAAUAGUUACAAUCGUUAACGUCUCUAUCCCUAAAGUUGCUUACUUAAAUAUUAUCUCGACUCCAGUAAAUAGUGAUAUUAAUGAUGCAAUAUUAUCUUCAUCACUUGUUCCUGAAGACUUAACUCAAAUAGCCCCCGGGGUGAAAAAACUGCAAAACGCUGAAAGUCAAUGGGACGAGAGGAAGAGCAAUGUUAGAAGGAGUGUUUUUAAUGCAAAUGCAGUUGCUUCUCCAUUCGUGGAUAUUUUUGAAUUGGACGCUAGCGAAAUAAAAACAAGAGCUAUGGAUGACAGCAAGGAGGAACUUACGCCCUAUGAAGAAACGAGGCCCACUGCUCUACUACAAAAGACUGCUGGAAUUGACACCUCUUUCAAAGGCGACGAAGUGGAAAUAGAGUCGCAUUAUGCAGAUAAGGUCAUGGAAAAAACAGAUGCAAUGUUUAAGCAUGACUCAUUAAGGGCACUUAAAAAUAAUUCUCAAAGUUCAAUAUUGGGGAUUCCAACUCCAAUAGAGGAAAAAAAUAAAACUUUAAUUGGAAGCGACCAAGUUAAACUAAACAAAGAGCCUAUAGAGACUAAGAAAACUGAUAUACAAAACGUAGAGUCGUCUACGCCGUUUGGAAAUUUUUUAGGCAAUUCAAGCCUGCAGACAUCUCCAGCUUCCCUUUCUCCCGUUGCUUCUAUAAAAAACGAAAGCUUUGAACACCACGGGGUAGUAGAAACCGUGGAAGAACAAAAAGCUGAGUAUCCGACUUUUAACUUUUCUAAUGUGAACAUCCUUGAUACUAACAUUGGGGACUCUUUAAACAGGGAGAAUGAUCAAAACCAAGGUAUGCCGUCAGUGUCGUUCGAAACUCUUAAUAUGCAAAGCACUAACAUAAUGAAUUCAGUUUCUUAUGAUUUAAAAAAUAAAGAAUUAGAAACAAAUAGCACAAUUAAGAGUGGAGUAACCACAUUUUCUGCUUCUAAUAAGACAGAAGAAAGCAACAAAUUAUUAACAAGUAAUAAGUUGACUGUACUUUCUGUGAGUAAGGAGGACCAGAGUAUUCCGGCGGAAACUCUCAAUAAGCUAACGACUACCAAGGCGAAACCAGUUUUUUCUCUUGACUUCAGUGGGAAUAUUAGUUCAUACGAAAAAGAAAAGGCCAUUUUUUCAACCUCUAACGAUUCAGAAAUAAGUACUAAGUCAUUAUCAAGAGAGAAGAUUAUUGCAUUUUCGGUUACUGGAGGCGCACUUAUUAUAGGUGGUGGUUUUACAAUAAUUUAUUACUAUCGGAAAAGAGUUAUUCAAAAAAGACUAGAUACUGUUAAAAAAACUCUUUACCCCUCCAUACGCGACGAAGAAGAAUUUUACAGUUAAACUGUGGAUGGAUGUUAAAUAAAGUAUUGUUUAUUCGCUUUAAAAA